UAUGUUUCAUAAUAAGUACUAUAUUUAAGAGUAUCUAAUAGAACUGAUUAUGAUAGAGUUGUUAAACGCAUUCUCUCCAUUUUGAUUGGAAUAUUUCUAACAAGUAGUAAUAUUGGAUAGAAGUGUAUUGGCAAUAAAAGUUAAUGAAGGAGUAUUUUUGGCAAGAGAAAAAUUGUUAAAUUCAUUACUUUUGAAAUCAAAGAGUAUGAUUAUGAGAUUGAUACUGAUUUUACAAAAGCUGUUCCUGAAUUUCAUUCCUGAUGCAAGAUUAUUUGUUGAAUAUGCAAGAAAGGAAUCGUAAUUUAAUUAUGGUGAACCAUUUAAAAUGAGAGUAGUAAUAUAGAUAGUUUAUGUUCUUGCAAUUGAUUUUAGGAAAGUGAUUCAACGAUAAAAUAAGAAUUUCCAGACCUUAAGGGAUAGCCUUAUUUAUUAUAAUAGGUUCAGAUCAAGAACCUUAAAUCUAUUAAACAAGUAAAUUACUGUUUAUACACAAGAUUCGACAUGAAAUAAGAUUUAAUAUCAAGCAGAGAGGAUGCUGAUGAAGAAAUUCAUAGUAUUAUGAAAGUAUAAGUAUAAUAAAAAUAAGUAAUCUGAAAAUGUAUUUAAGGAUUUAACUUUAGAAUAUAUUGAAAAAGAUAAGUAAUUUAAUAUUUGAAGAAUAUGAUGAAAGAAUAAGUAAUUCUUAGAAAAUUAUAAAAAUUUAGAAUUGGCAGUAAUUACCAUUUCAGAAUAAAAUUUAUAUAGAGAAAUAAAUGAACAGAUUAGAUUUAAUUGA